UGUACUAAUAUUACCUGGGAUUGUGCUGGAUAAAUAAAUAUCUGCUUUGAUGGAACUGGGGAACUAGUUUUACGCCGACAGCAGCCUGGAUCUCACCCUGAAAUAAGCAGACGUCAGAGACCUCGCCUGCUCAUUGCUGCUGUUAAAAUUUAUCGCAAUCCAAUCAGCAUUGUUUUGCGGGAUUGCACUGCUGUUAGGUGCAUUAUGUAGCAACGCGAAUGGUAUGCUGGUGGUAGCUGUUGGACGUUUAUCGGCUUUAUAGUUUUAAACACCGUGCCUUGGCGGAAAGGAGAGGAUUUCGUUUUAUUUAAGAUCCGUGACAAUGAAUGACCAGCAGGAGGGUGGUGUGGUCCCCUAUGAUGAAUAUGUGCGGCAGAAGGCCCGCACUGUGCCUCAGCACAGGAUGAAGGAGUUUCUGGACUCUCUUGCCAAGGGCCCAGAUGUGCUGCAGGAGUUCGGCCAGCAGGAAGAGGCAGCCACCACCACAGCCAUGGUGUACCAGCAGCAGGGUGCCAACUGUAUCUACACAGACAGCACAGAGGUGGCUGGAUCUCUCCUAGAGCUGGCUUGCCCGGUGCAGGUGACCUCAGCAGAGAUUUCACCUCAGCUGUCGGUGCAUCAAGGAUCUGAACAGCAGCUUCAAGUGCAGGUUCAGAUCCAGGAACAGCAGGGCCACACAGUUGGCCAGGUUCUUCAGGUGGCCUCCCCCUCCCAGCAGGACUUACAGGGAAUCUCAACCGCCCAGCUUGUUCACCAUGGAGAGCUCACAGAGGAGCAGCAGCAGCAGAUACAGGCACAACUAGUUGCAGCUGUAGCUGGAGGACAACAAAUCCAGCUGACAAGUGGCCAACAAAUCCAAUUACAAGGAGCACAGCAUAUUCAGCUGCCAGGGGGCCAGCAGAUUCAACUUCAGGCUGGCCAGCAGAUUCAGCUACAUGGUGGCCAGCAGAUCCAGAUCCAUACCAUAGAGGCCAUGUCUCCUUCCCAGCAGCAGGCCACUUCUAAUGAGGCAGAAAGGAGGUCCGGCACUAUCUCAACUGUUCUCCAGCCAGCCAAGAAGCGUAAGGUGGAUGUCCCUCUUGCUGUUUCUUAUGCCGUUCCACAGGGUCAGCAGGUAGCCACGGUUCUUGCCAUCCCUCAAGGACAGCAGCAAAGCUACGUGUCCCUGCGACCAGAUCUGCUCACUGUUGACAGUGCUCAACUGUACAGUACUACAGGAACAAUCACAGGUCCCACGGGUGAGACCUGGACCAUCCCAGUGUACUCCACUCAGCAACAACAGGGUGUAACUCACAUUGCCAUACCACAGGAGACAUACAGCACAGUGCAAGUUACUACCGCCAAUGGUAAGGAAAAAAUUUCCCCCAGUUCCUCCUCAAGAUCUGCAGAUGUGCAGUUGUCCUCCACUGGGACACAGGAAGAAAUAGUACAGACCCUGUUCCCAGCACAGUUCAUGAACGGGAACAUUCAUAUCCCAGUGGCAGUGCAGACUGUCGGAGGGACUUACAACACUACUGAGUCAGUACACAUAUGGGACCCAAAUCAACAGCACAGCCAGGGAGAAGAUGGACAGGAACAGCAGCUCCAUCUGCAGGGUCAAGUAGAAACUGAGGCUCAUGCUGUACCGCCUACAGAGAUUUUGGUUCCUGUCUGUCUAAAGCCAGAGGAGGGCCUGGAGGUGUGGCGGCUUUGGGUGAAGCGAAAAAACGCAGAGCUAAGCAAGCAGGAAAAUACGAAGCUUGCACCCAUUGGACGUCGACAGCCCCUGCGUUUUCAAGAAGACUUGGUGUCCAGUGCAGUAGCCGAGUUAAACCUGGGUCUUUCCCUGAUGACACAGGAGGCACGAGGAUCAGAAGAUGAACAGUUUGCACCCGAUGUUCUGUAUUACAUCUUUUUGUGUAUACAGAAGUAUCUCUCCGAAAAUGGACGUGUGGAUGAUAUUUUCUCUGAUCCAUAUUACACACGCUUCUGUGAGUGUUUACACAAAAUCUUGGAGGGUUGGAAACCCAGUAUCCAUCCGUUAGGUUACAUUAUUCCAAGUCAUGUGACAGAGGAGAUGCUGUGGGAGUGUAAACAGCUUGGCGCGCAUUCACCUGCCACUCUGCUCACAACUCUAAUGUACUUUAACACUAAGUUUUUCGGCCUAAUAACACCUGAAGAGCACAUGAAAGUAGCCUUUUCUAAGGUGUUAAGACACACGAGGAAGAACCCCGCUAAUGUCAAGGACAAAGCCUCUAGUAUCCGCCUUCUCAAAUCACAAGGUUCACACAGUGUUGGACAAAAAGGAACUGAUGACAUGUACGAAGAGCAGGUCGAGGAUCCUGAAAAUCCUCUUCGCUGUCCCAUUAAACUUUACGACUUUUACCUCUUCAAAUGUCCUCAGAGCGUUAAAGGCCGUAACGAUGCUUACUACAUGACUCCAGAGCCUGUCGUCGCACCCAACAGCCCGAUGUGGUACUCAUCUCAGCCCCUCACAGGUCAGCAAGUGGAGCAAAUGUUGGCUCGUCUCAUCGUGGUCCGAGAGAUCCAGGACAUCAUCGGCACUGGUUCGGAGAACAUUGGCUAGACUGAGAGUGAGUCAGUGAUUGCUGGCUCUGCAGUACCCACACUGACUAUAAAUCUAUCUCAAAUAAAACGGAGUAACAUCUGAAACAAGUUUCUUCUGAGGAGCAUAUCGUGAUUGCACUCCAUACAUUUUCUGGUUUCAGUUGAUUGGGUGGACCUGUCUCUUCUUUACUGCCUUUAUAAGCCGUUGUCUCUGUAACCUCUGGACUGGCAAUUAAGUGAGGCUUUAGCUUCGCUGCUGGAUUAUGAUUGAUAUCUUGGGCUGCUGCUCCCUCAGCUGAGCAGAGGUGGUACUUUUUCAGAUAAAAGUUCAUUUUAUCAAUAUAAUUUAAAAAUAUUUAACCCUUAACACUUCUUAAUCUUACAGUUAACCAUGUCUUAUGUCUCUUCGAGGUCCCAUUAUGAUACAUUAAGG